AAAAAGUGUGUGUUUAAUUAGGAUAAGGGAUUCAAGUUGCUAAGUUUGUAAACAUUGGAGGAACAUUUGAUUCAUUGGUUCAUAAUUAAUGGAAACACGAAUCCAAGCCAGAAGCACAAAACCCAAAGGUAUUCGGUUCUUGGAAUAUGUCAGGAACAAGGUCUUCACAUUCGAAACAUAUCAAACCAUUGUUUUGGCCAUUACUUUCUUUGCAUAUGCUGGCUACCAUGCUACCAGGAAAGUCACAAGCAUUGUUAAAAGUGUACUUGAUCCUGACACCAAGAAUUUGGGCUCCUCCCACAAUCCAGCAAUUCUACAGGGCUGGGUUCCCUUUGAUGGCUCAGAUGGCACUGCAUUGCUUGGAGAGAUUGAUCUGGCCUUCCUCUCCGUGUACUCUGUAGGCAUGUACUUUGCCGGUCAUUUAGGCGAUCGUUUGAAUUUACGAAUCCUUUUGACUGUUGGAAUGGUUGGGACUGGUCUCUUCACUUCAAUUUUCGGUUUUGGUUACUGGUUGAACAUACACAGUUUCUUCUUCUACUUGGUGGCUCAGCUGUUAGCCGGUUUGUUUCAGUCGACCGGUUGGCCCUCAGUUGUUGCGGUGGUCGGCAACUGGUUUGGGAAAAGGAAGAGGGGGUUGAUUAUGGGAAUUUGGAAUGCACAUACUUCAGUUGGAAAUAUAGCUGGCUCACUUAUUGCUGCUGCCUUGCUCAAUUAUGGAUGGGGCUGGUCAUUUGUUGUUCCUAGCCAUAUUAUGGUUCUGCUUGGUUUGACAGUGUUCCUGUUCCUGCCUGUUAGCCCUGAGGAGAUGGAUCUCAGCAGGCAUGGUGAAUUGCUGAAGCCUUCGGAUAAGAGCGGUAUAAGGGAUCAUCUUUUGGAAGGAGUACUAGUAGAUGAUGUCGAGGAGAAAGCAGUGGGUUUCAUGGAGGCCUGGAGGAUCCCUGGUGUAGCUCCAUUUGCCUUUUGUUUGUUCUUCUCCAAACUGGUCGCUUAUACCUUCCUCUAUUGGUUGCCUUUCUACAUCAGUCAUACAGCUAUUGAUGGCGUAUAUUUGUCUGAUUCCAUGUCGGGGACCCUAUCGACAUUGUUUGAUGUUGGAGGUGUGGUGGGUGGCAUUCUUGCUGGUCAUAUCUCGGACCGGCUGGAUGCCCGUGCAAUAACAGCUGCGAGUUUCAUGUAUUGUGCCAUCCCAGUCCUCUUCCUAUACCGUAUAUUUGGUGGUGUCUCACUCUUUUGGAACAUCACUCUCAUGUUCAUCACCGGGAUAUUUGUGAAUGGCCCAUAUGCACUUAUAACAACAGCAGUCUCAGCUGACCUUGGCACGCACAGCUCGCUUAAUGGAAAUUCUCGAGCCUUGGCAACAGUGGCCGCUGUGAUAGAUGGCACAGGUUCUGUGGGUGCAGCAAUAGGACCUCUGCUGACUGGCUACAUCUCUGCAGAAAGUUGGAAUGCUGUGUUUACAAUGCUUAUGGUGGCAGCUCUGCUGGCAGGAUUACUGCUGACCAGGCUAGUGGUGGCUGAGGUAACUGCAAAAAUCCAAGCUGGAAGAUUGCCGGUAACCACUGCUCCAUCCGGAUCUUCCGUGGCUGACCAAGAAGUGUAAUGGUGUUUGACACCGAAUUCGUGUCAUAUCUGUGAAAUAUUUGCUUUUACUUUUUUGUUUUGUUUUUUGUUUUUAAUUAUUAUUAUUAGGAAGCAAGAGAAGGAGACUGAGUUCACACUGUUGUACAUAACAACUAAAUUCUGGCUACUUGCCUACUCAUAGGAAGAGAUGAAUAAUAGUAACUACCCAAAUGAUUAUCACAAAGCUGCAAAGUUGUCUGGAUAGUCUUUGGUCUUGAAUUACAGAAAAGGUUAAAUCAGCAGCAGUGGUGCAUAUAAGCUAGGCCAUUAGCUAUAAUAGGUUCAUUAUUUAUUCUAAGUGGGUUGAUAUAUAC